CCUGGAAAAAGGGUAAUCUUCGCCAGGAAGAAAACGAGAGAAAGUGUGUUAUCUGAGAAUCAAAGCACUGGAAAUCCAUACUUGGUAUUGGAGUAAAAGAGAAUUGAUUCAGAUACUCAGAGAUUUUGAGAGAGAAAAUUCACACACCGAAUUGAUCCACAGUUUCACUGAGCGGAAAGAAAUUGUUACCAAAAACAUCUAGAAUCAGAUGAUCACAGUUUGAGAGGGAGAAUUGAUUCAGGUUUCAGUUGCUUACAGAGUGGAAACUGAUCAGAUUGGUGGGUUUUUGAGAGGGAUGUCUUCCUCUUCAUCUUCCUCUUCCUCUUCAUCUUCCUCUUCGUCAACUUCAUCUGUAUCUUCAUCUUCAUCACCACCCCUUGAUGAAACCCUAGCCCUAACCCUAACUUUGACCCUAAAUCUAACCUUAAUUCCAGGGCUUCCGAACGAUGUGUCGGCUCUGAUCCUCUCCAUGAUUCCAUACUCAUGCCUUGCUCGCCUCAAAUCCAUCAGCAAAUCAUGGAAACUAUUCCUGUCCUCUAAGACCCUAAUCUCCCUCCGCCAAAACAACCACCAAUCCCAACUCCUCUGCCUCUUCCCUCAAGACCCCGCUAUCGCUAAUCCCUUCCUGUUUGACCCCAAAACCCUAGCUUGGUGCCCGCUUCCACCACUUCCCAUCAAUCCCUAUGUCUACGGCCUCUGCAACUUCACCUCCAUUUCCCUCGGCCCCAACCUCUACGUUCUUGGUGGCUCUCUUUUUGACACCCGCUCCUUCCCUCUCGACCGCCCGUCGCCGUCGUCCUCAGUUUUCCGCUUCAACUUUCUCACUUAUUCAUGGGAACUCCUCUCACCUAUGCUCUCGCCGCGCGGUAGCUUUGCGUGUGUAGCACUCCCAAAUUCCGAUCAAAUCAUAGUCGCCGGUGGCGGUUCGCGGCACACGAUGUUCGGGGCAGCCGGGAGUAGGAUGAGUUCAGUGGAGAGGUACGAUGUGGAGAAGGAUAAGUGGGUGUCGUUGGAUGGGUUGCCGCGAUUCCGAGCAGGGUGUGUUGGGUUCUCGAUUGGGAAUGGAGAGGAGAAGGAGUUUUGGGUGAUGGGGGGGUACGGGGAGUCGCGGACUGUUUCAGGUGUUUUUCCGGUGGAUGAGUAUUAUAGGGAUGCUGUAGUGAUGGAGUUGAAGAAGGGUGGGAAGUGGAGGGAGCUUGGAGAUAUGUGGGAGGCAGGGGAGAGGAUGCGGCUUGGGAAAAUUGUGGUUGUGGAUGAUGAAGUCGGGGGAGCGCCUGCAAUUUUCAUGCUUGAUGGGAGUGAGAUUUUCAGAUACUGCAUGACAUCAAAUCGGUGGUUGAAGGAAUCAUGUGUACCAAGAAAGGCUUCUCAGGACAUGUCAUUUGGUUUUGUUGUCUUGGAUGGGGAGCUAUAUGUGAUUACCCAUAUGACUGGAAUUGAUUUAACAGAGACCCGAAGGUCAAGACAGCAUAAGAGAGCAGCAACAAUGUUCAUGCAAAUCUACCACCCAAAGAAGAAGACAUGGAGAACUCUAGUCACCAGGUCACCCUUCCAUUACCCCAUAGAUUUCAAAACUGCAGUUACGAGCACCAUUUGUUUAUAGACUUGGAUUCAUGCUCAUCUCUUAUGUGUGCACUGCAGUUAUUCUUCCCUAUAGUUACUCAAUUCAUCUGUAAUUUUUACCGCAUUCAGCUACUUGGUUCUGUUAUCAUGUUUGUAAAUGCCAGUGUACAGGUGGAUAGUAAAUUAUUGGUUGUAGUGGGGUACAUCUUGUAUCAGCUAUGACCCACAGAGAAUUGACAGUUUUAUGACAUGAAAAUCAGUUUUACUGAUUUUUUUUC